AUUUUUGUUGAAUGAAUUUGUGAAAAGUGAAUGAAUUGUGAAAAAAUGUGUCCAUAUGGAUUAAAUGUGAUUGUUUAAACUAAUAAUGUGGAUUGAUAUCAACAAUUAAUUUGUCAACUGGACGGAAAAACAGUUUGAUCACAAAUAAUUACUUUGAUUUACUACAUUCCAAGCCAAUUAUCAUUUUAAAAACACAUCAGUAUCAAUGGCUAAAGUUGGCUAUUGGUGGAGUGAAAAGAAAACCCAACGAUUUAACCAAAGUGAAUUGGAACUUAAAUUAUCUGCCAUCGGAUUCAAUCUGGUUAGGCUUGACCUGGACACCGAUAUAGCCAAACAAGGACCUUUCGUCGCCAUCAUUCAUAAAUUAUCGGAUAUCCUUAUAAAGGCAGAUUCUGGUGAUGAAAAAGCUUCUGGCAUUAUCAAUGCUUUCCAAAAUUAUGUUAACACAAACCCAGAAGUUGUCAUAAUUGACCCUUUACCCAAUCUUCGGAUACUUCUUAGCCGGUAUGAACAAUAUAAAAUUAUUAAGGAUUGCCCAUUAGCCUUUAAGGAAGGGUUUUCAACUCCUACUUUCGUGGAAUUGACCAGUAAAGAUUGUGAAAUCAAUCGACAAAAAUUGAUUGCCAAUGAUGUUAAAUUUCCAUUUGUUUGUAAACCUUUGGAAGCUCAUGGAGGUUCUUUUGCUCAUCAGAUGUCUAUAAUCUUCAACGAAAAAGGAUUGAAAGAUAUUAAUCCACCUUGUGUUGCCCAAACCUUCAUCAACCAUAAUGCAAAGUUGUUCAAGAUUUUUGUAAUUCAUGAGAAAUAUUUUGUUGUUGACCGACCAUCUUUGAAAAAUUUCAAAGCCGGAGAUUUUCCUACUCUUCAUUUUGACAGUCCUGAGGUAUCUAAAGCUAACUCUGUCUCUGAACUAACUGAAUUGGAUAAAGAUGAUGGUGGAGGACCAACGCCGAUUGUUAAAGAUGAAGUUGUUUCUAAACUUGUAAAUAUUCUUCGAAAUAUUCUCGGUUUAAAUUUGUUUGGCAUUGACCUCAUAAUUGAGAAUCAAACGGAUCGGUAUUUGAUCAUAGACAUGAAUAUAUUUCCAGGCUACGAUGGAGUUGUUAAUCAUAUUGACCUGAUUGCUGAAAUGGUAUCAAGCAUGGUUCGCGCCAAAAAACAGGCAUCUCCUGUGAAAAGUGAUAACUUAACUGAAUCUGAUUCGGGUAUCGAUACAUCAGACUCAUGCGAUGAAAAUAAAAAAGUAACUCGUCUGAACUUUCAACGGAAAAAAAGCUCACUCAAAUAAGGGUUGAAACUAAACUUUUUCAAAUUUGGCCAAUAAUUAUUAUAUGUAUUUUUUUGUUUUGGUACUGCUUAUGCUUAUUUUGUAUUCAAUCAUAAUGCAGACAAUAUUUUGUUUCAAUAAUCAGACUUAUUCAAUAAGUUGAACAUUCUCGUUGAUGCAAAAGUGAAAAUAAAGCGAUACACAAUGACUAUUUAAGUAAA